GCCGGCAACCCGCCGCCUGCCCGCCCGCCGACCUCGGCACCAGGCCUUCACGGCCCCCUCCCGCCUCCCACUUCGGCCUCCCCACCGCCCCGCCAAAUGCAGGCCGCCGCCGUCCUCCCGGAGGAGAUCUGUUGGCUCAUGCAAGAUGCUGAGGAAUUCCUGGCGGAAGGUUUGCGGAAUGAGAACCUCAGUGCUGGUGCAAAGGACCACAGAGACCAUAUUCUACGUGGCUUUCAGCAAGUCAGAACUAGGUACAACUGGGAUUUUCAGCCCCCAGGGGGAGACCAAGCUGAAAAUUACCUUGGACAGGACAGCUCCGAUGAUAAUCACAGUGGAACUCAUGGCCCUUCUCUCACAUCAGAUUAUCAGGAUGAGGGGAAUAAAUUGAAUAUUACACUAAUUGAGGAAUUGCAAGAGAAGAAUGGCAUAGACAUAGCAGAACAAAAUGAAAAGGGGUCGGUCACAGGUGAAAUGAGUGAGACUGUUGUAAUGAUUUAA